AUGUCAACCUUCGACCCUAUGGGGCUGGCAUCACCCGUGCUAAUAGAAGGGAAAGCGCUCAUUCAGAGCAUUUGGCGGAGCGGGAUCGACUGGGACGAUGUCAUCCUGGAAAAGGACGAGGUGGCGUGGAAACGCUAUAUGGAGAACCUUCGCAUGUUGCAAGGCCUCCGAAUAGCAAGGUGCUUCUCGUGCUGCAGCACUGAGGGGGAGCUGCACACGUUCACCGACGCCAGCGAGAAGGCCUACGCGUGUACAGUCUAUUGGCGUCAAAAGACAGACGAGAGCACCUACCGCGUCACGCUUCUAGCAGGGAAAGCCAGGGUGACCCCACUGAGACCAGUCUCUAUCCCAAGGCUGGAGCUGCAAGCUGCACUGCUGGGGACAAGGAUGGCGCAGGCGAUAGCGAACGAAUUGGACAUCGCGGUCGGCAGAAGGACGUACUGGACUGACUCCAGUACAGUUCUGACAUGGAUAAAGACCGACCCACGCACGUUCAAACCUUUCGUUGCGCACCGACUCGCCGAGAUAGAAGAGUCAACGAAGCCCCAAGAAUGGCGAUGGGUGCCUGGCUCGCAAAACCCAGCAGACGACGCAACUAGGGAGGCGCCGGCGGAUUUCGACCACACGCAUCGGUGGUUUAAUGGACCCGAGUUCCUGACGUGGGAUGAAUCGCGCUGGCCCAAGCCGCGAACAUUCAAGCAAGAACCGUCUGGAGAAGAGAAAGAGGCCUUCCUGGUCGCCACUGCGAGGACCGCUGACGCUAGACCCACGCCCGAUCCGCACAGAUUCUCGAGCUGGGUCAAGUUAUUGAGAGCAACAGCCAGGGUCCUCCAAUUUAUCGAGCUGUGUCGACCCCGGAAGGAGAGCGCCUGCGUGUCCAGACAAUUGGAGCAGCAAGAUCCCACGUGGAGGACGACGCGAGCGAAGCAGCCCCGAUCAACAUGGAAGAUAAGGACUCCAGAAGCACCUACAGAAGCGUGGCUGCCGCUCGAUCCGCCCCACUUGAAGAAGGCGGAGAAGAUCCUACUGAGAAGCAGCCAAGGAGAGAGCUUCGGUGAAAAAGAUCCCGAACGUCACCCCAAGUUGCGACGGCUCGACGUCGUGAUCGAAGAUGGCCUGUUGCGCCUUCGCGGACGUAUCGACGCAGCGCAAUACAUAGAUGCAGGCUGCAAGCGACCGAUCGUGCUGGACGGAAAGCACGUGAUAGCGAGAUUAUUGAUCAAACACUAUCACGAGGCGUUCCAGCACGGUAACCACGCAACGGUGAUGAACGAGGUGCGGCAGCGCUACUGGAUCCUAGGUCUAAGAUCGAUCAUUCGAGCGACGGCCGUCCGAUGCCAGUGGUGCAAGGUCUAUCGGAGUACACCACGCCUACCGCCCACCGGAAACCUGCCGAUAGAGCGGCUACGACAUGGAGAGCCGCCGUUCACCUGUGCUGCCGUCGAUUACUUCGGGCCGAUGACGGUGACUGUAGGACGACGUCACGAGAAGAGGUGGGGCGUGCUGUUCACAUGCCUCACCACGAGAGCAGUUCACAUGGAGCUAGCAGCGUCACUGACGGCAGACUCAAUGCUCGACAAUGGGACUAACUUCGUCGGCGCUAACAAGGAGCUCAAGCAGGCGAUCGAGAACGCGAGGGAAACAGACGUCGUGUCACGGGCCGCUCAGAUGAACAUAAAAUGGAAGUUCAUCCCGCCAGGAGCGCCGAAUAUGGGAGGCGCGUGGGAACGCUUGGUGCGGUCCGUGAAGACCGCGCUGGCGGUCACACUGAAGGAAAGACACCCGAGGGAAGAAGUUCUGCACACUCUUCUGUUGGAGGCAGAGCACGUCAUCAACUCGCGACCGCUCGUCGCUAGGGAAGAGAGUUGGGAGUUAGAAGCACUCACGCCGAACCACUUUCUCAUAGGGAGGUCCUGCGGAGCUCCGAGCAUCGGCGACUACAGAGACGAAGACCUGACCGGCAAAAGGACAUGGAGAGUGGCGCAGCGUAUGGCAGACCACUUCUGGAGUAGGUGGGUCAAGGAAUACCUGCCCACGCUGCUGCCCAGGAAGAUCGACGGGAGAGCAGCUGGCGAGGACUUGCAGUGUGGGGAUACCGUCCUCAUAGUGGACUCCACGCUGCCACGCAACACAUGGCCGCGCGGGCAAGUUGUCCACACCUACCCAGGUCCCGACAACCGUGUACGAACCGUCGACGUCAGAACGAGCGGCGGUUUGCUUAAGAGACCUGCCUCCAAGAUGAUCCUACUGGUGCCUGCAACGAGCGACGAGCCCACGCCCAUAGAGUCGCCACGACAAGGAGUCGGUGCUACGCACGAGGGGGAGGAUGUGCCCCCUUCGAAUAAUUCGGGGGCGGACAUUCGUGCUACCGUGUCAAAUAUGAGGAGGAACGACGCGACCCUCAGCUCUGACGGUGCUCAAGGCCGGGUCUGGGAUUUAGCUUUCGGUGUUCUGGCGGAUCGACGGGAGAAUAACUUCCCCCAAUCUCUUCGGCUUGUGUUCAAGUUUUCGUCAAUCGCUGCACAAAAAGGUGGUGAGAAUGAAUCAAUUUACCAUAGUUCAUUGAAUGUCGGCAAGAACGUUAAUGUAGAUAACUAUGAACUAUAUAAUGUUGUUCAUUUAAUACCCUAA